CAGUCGCUCGUCUACUUUCCCACUGGAUUCUCGGUUUCUCGGUUCUGCUCCGUGGUUCACUGUGGCUAACACAAAACGGGUGUGUUAAAAAUUUUCAUUUUCAUCAACCCAUCGAUAACUGCUAUUGGGAUCAAAUUCAAAACUGUAAGGAAAUCUGUUUUGGGAACAUACACGUUUUUCGGACAUCGAUAGUCAGUUGAAGUCCCUGGAGCAAAAUCUGGAAUUGAAGGAAACAGACGUGCAGGACCCUUUUUGCUAGGCUAAGCAACUUUGCAGCAGUCCAUAUGACAUUGCCUAGUAAAUUGGGAUGUGCCUACUUCCAGCUUACGAUUGUGUAAGAUCAAAGGAUUUUGCCCAAGUAAGCAGGAAUUGUGCGAUUUUCACUGCAAAGAGGAACGGAACGGAGAAAAAUGUGUUAUUAAUGUGCUACAAUUAAGUGUUUGCUGCAGUCGUCUAACGAGCUUAGCUAGCGAAAAAAGUGCUGAUCACAGGUGAAUGGUGAAAAAUCGCUGAAGCAAGAGCAAGAAAUCAAAGGUGAAAAAUCGAAUAUCAAGUGAAUGAAAAAAAGAACAUCGUUAAAGGUGGAAAAAAAGUUCACAGCGAAAAUACACCCAUACAAUCGCGACCGAAGAAGUCCCAGUACCAGCCAGGAGAGCAAAAGCCCAUCGAAUACAACGAAAGGACGCAAUUAGGGAGUGCAAAGGAUUACACGACACAGAGGCCCCUCUAGUGCUCUCAAGUUCUCUCACGCGUUCGUCCUGUUGUUAUUCCUGUUUGCCGAGUUGUGCGAGAACACAGAUCGAACAGGAGAUCUAAAGUGCGGGCUGUAAGCAAGGAUUCGAGCAUACCCACAUAAUAAUGUUGCAAUAGUCAAGUGUUCGGUGGAGUUGUGUUCUCUCAUUCUCACCCGCCCCCGUGGUGUUUGUGCUCGGACGGUCGCCUGCUCGCAGGAUAAAAGGAUUUAAAUUUCACACGAAAUCGGCAGCAGCACGGUGCGGUAGCAGCUCUAAGGCUUUUGAUGAGGAACUAGAAAAUAAUCCGUUCGGGCGUUACUACUGCAAAGGUGACAUUCAUACCACCGGAAAAACGCAGUUCGGCCCGAACUCCAACACACUCCGAGAAAGUGCAAUGACGACGAUGCGUUAGCAUAGUGACUAUGGGAUCAGAGGCAUGGGCAUGUGCGUGGACCCUGGGGCUUUCCGGUGGUGUCAGGCAUUGAGCCGGUCGCAAUCGCUAACCACAGCAUCAACAGCGAGAACAACUGUACCAACCUCAACCGCAGCCACUUCCGGUGGCACCACGGCCAAGGGAACGACCACACCAACUGUACCGACGGUCAGUAGCCAUAGCCAACAGGCCGACUACCGGCACGUGUCCAGCUUCCACCAUGCAAAGGUGCGGAGAAGUCUGAACACAACCAUCUUCAUCAAGAAGAAAAAGGCUGCAACCGUCACUGCAGCGGCGGCAACGGCCACGACAAAGGUGACCGAAACAACACAAACAGAAACUGCAGAUUCUAAAUCGAAAUCAGUUAGCAACAACUUUUCCAACCAGUACAGUAAUAAUAGUAAUUACACUAGUAGUAACGGCAGCGGUAGCACAUACAACACUAGCAUAAACUGUAGACAAGCGAAUAGCAGAGGAAGUUGCAGCAGUAGUAAUAUCGAAAGGGCACUAGCAGUGCGGCGGAGGAACCUUAGUCUUAGCACCAACAAAUUGAGCGAACAGUACAGUUGCAGUGCGGCGGCGUUGAACUGGCUGAUCUCAUCGUUCGUACUGCUCCUGUGCAUCACCCUAUGUACUAGUUCAAUUAGUCCACCUGCACCCCAGGAUGCCGUUCACAUCACCGCCAUCCUCGGCGAGAGCGUUGUGUUCAACUGCCACGUUGAAUUCCCCGGUGACCACCCCGUUCCCUAUGUCUUGCAAUGGGAGAAGAAGGUGAGCGAAACGGGACAGGAAAUUCCAAUCUACAUCUGGUACGAGAGCUACCCGACCCACAGCGGCGAGGGAUACGAGGGACGCGUUUCGAGAGUGUCGCCCGAUUCGAGCUUUGGAGCGGCGUCGCUCAACCUAACGAACAUCCGCGAGUCCGACCAGGGCUGGUACGAGUGUAAGGUAGUGUUUCUGAACCGGCCACCGAAGCAGCACAAGAACGGCACCUGGUUUCAUCUGGACGUGCACGCUCCGCCGCGCUUCAGUGUGACGCCGGAGGACAUAAUUUACGUUAAUUUAGGCGAUUCUAUCAUACUAAACUGCCAGGCAGAUGGUACUCCCACCCCGGAGAUCCUGUGGUACAAAGAUGCCAUUCCAGUGGAUCCGUCUUCUACUGUUGGCAUCUUUAACGAUGGUACCGAGCUACGGAUUAGCACGAUCCGACACGAAGACAUCGGCGACUACACGUGUAUCGCGCGCAAUGGUGAGGGACAAGUCUCCCAUACUGCCCGUGUUAUAAUAGCGGGCGGCGCUGUAAUCAUGGUGCCGCCCACUAAUCAAACGAAGCUGGAGGGAGAGAAGGUGCAGUUCACCUGCGAGGCGAAGGCGAUGCCCGGGAAUGUCACUGUGCGAUGGUUCCGCGAGGGUUCACCGGUACGGGAGGUGGCCGCACUCGAGACGCGCGUCACGAUCCGCAAGGAUGGGUCACUCAUCAUCAAUCCGGUCAGUGCCGACGAUUCCGGCAUGUACACGUGUGAGGUGUCAAACGGCAUCGGAGAACCACAAAGUGCUUCGGCUUUUUUAAAUAUAGAGUAUCCUGCCAAAGUGACCUUCACCCCAACAAUACAAUACUUACCGUUUCGUUUAGCUGGUGUUGUACAAUGCUAUAUAAAAGCAAAUCCUCCUCUACAAUAUGUAACAUGGACCAAAGAUAAAAGAUUACUGGAACCUUAUCAAACAAAAGACAUAGUUAUAAUGAACAACGGUUCGCUGUUGUUCACCCGGGUCAACCAGAACCACCAGGGCCGGUACACGUGCACUCCGUACAACGCCCAGGGAACGCAAGGCUCGUCCGGUCAUAUGGAAGUGUUGGUUCGGAAACCGCCGGCCUUCACGAUCGAACCGGAUCCACUGUACCAGCGGAAGGUCGGUGAAUCGGUCGAAAUGCACUGUGAUGCCCAGGAAGCGGAGGGCACUACCAAGCCUACGAUCACCUGGCAACGACGGGACGGGCAACCUCUGCAGAAGAACCGCGUUCGGAUCAUGAACGGUAAUAUCACAAUCGAGAACCUUCGGCGAUCAGACUUCGGUUACUAUCAGUGUGUAGCGUCGAAUGAGGUGGCGACGAUCGUGUCUGCCACCCAGUUGGUCAUCGAAGGUACUCAGCCGCAUGCUCCGUACAAUCUGAGUGGGACAGCCACGGAGUUUUCGGUGACCCUCUCCUGGAUGCCUGGAUACAGCGGUGGCCCUGACUAUAAGCAGGACUACACCAUCUGGUAUCGCGAGGCAGGAGUAUCCGAUUGGUCGACGAUCCCAGUAACUCCCUCCGGGAGUACGCAGGUGACGAUCAACCGGUUAUCUCCUGGAACGACAUACGAGUUUCAGGUGAUUGGAAAAAAUGCUCUCGGCGAUGGGAUGAUGAGCAAAGUGAUAACGAUACGGACGUUAGACAUUCUAAAUUAUCACAAUAUAUUGUUUCCGACCGAUUCGACCGGUUCAACAUUCUUUCCACCCGUUUUUCGACCAACAGGACCGAAGCCGGGUCAACCGCGCAACGUGAGCGUGCUGGAGAUCCCGAACGGGUUCCUCAUCUCGUGGCAGGUACCACUGGAGCGACCCCAUCUGGUGCAGUUCUACACGAUCAAGUACCGCACGGAUGCCCAGUGGAAGACGCUCAACCGCGGCCAGAUCCGACCGGAGGAGACGUCCUACCUGGUGAAGAACCUGGUCGGCGGCCGGACCUACUACUUCCGGGUGCUAGCCAACUCGCUCAAGAGCUACGAAACCAGUGAGGAGAUCAAGUUCCCCGUGCCGGCGCGGGUCAAGCACAAAGCCAUCACGGCCGGGGUGGUCGGUGGGAUUCUGUUCUUCAUCGUGGCCAUCAUACUGUCGAUUUGUGCCGUCAAGAUUUGCAAUAAGCGUAAACGUAGAAAACAGGAAAAAGAACUCAACAUGGUAACAGCACGGAUCACGGAUAGGAACGCCCUAAGCCAGCCGGUGCCUUUGAGAAGAUAUCUACAUGGAGAAAGUAAAAGCAGAAUACCCGGCUUGAACAUCCUGGUCGCCAUUUUACACUGGAUAUGGCCGCCGGGGCGAUGUCAGAACUGUGAUAGUAUUUACUCAAACAAGUUCAGCGGUGAACAGGGAAAGAGCGUUGGAGAGAUUCACCGUUCGGCGGAUGGGAAGUUUGUCGUCCCUCAAGAUGCGGUCGAUGGGAUUAUUUCGCUGAGGAAUAGCAUCGUAUCUUGUUACAGCAGUAGCGACGACGGAGGCUUUCUGCCAAAGAGAUUGUCUCUGGCUGGCAGAGCAUCAUGGAGGCGUCCGUUGGUGACGUGCCCCAGUCAGUUGAGUUUACGGACAGAGGAUGGCUUUAAUGUGGCUGAGCCGCAACAGCCUCCCCAAUCGCUGUAUACAAAUACGAUGCCGGAGAACCUUCAUCUAACUACGAUAAGUUCCACUGUACCUGUUUCGAUGGUGACACAGUCGCUGUAUACGACCCCGUCGAGAAUUUCAAAGGUGAUCGCCAGCUCGCCUGCAACCUCCAGCCCUCAGGUUGUAAACUCGCCCUGGUCACCGCUGUAUUUUAGUGAUCUCAGUUCAGUUCAUCAUUUAAGUUCCGCGGAGCGGUCGUUCCCGACUCCUCAGAGUGCUGCAUCAGCACAUCGCUAUAACUACGCCGGUUAUAACCACGAACUACCGAUAUUGAGUAGUCUACACAAUACUUCACGGCAUCUGUCGCAUGGUUUCAUCCCAGUCCACGUGCCAACAUCUAGACACUUCCAUCAGAACGUUUAUCAAAAUGUUCCGUUCCACAGCCACACUUACGGAAAUCGACCGAAGUUCUCUCGCUAUCAUCCUCGGCUGAUGCCCAGGAGUUUGACAAGGACGAUACCAGAACUGCGGUCACCAAUGCUCAACCUGAAUCUCAGCACAACACCCCUUAGUGCCGCAUUGGAGGCUUCUCCCCAAAGUUAUUCUAGUUCCAGUGGGUUCGGAAGUAAAAACACUUCCAGCAAUACUCAACAAACGUCUAGUUUCCAUGCGAGCAACAACCUUUUAAGAGAAUGGAGGUACCUUCCCCCAUAUCGUCCACCACCACCACCUCCCAGUCUUCAUCAUUCGGCGCCACUCUCUUUCGGUGGUGGGCGCUUCGAUCAUCCUCCCUAUUCUAUGUCCCAUUGGUUGGAGUUGAUAACAAGACUGAACAUUGCAUCGGAGAAGGCCAACAUCAACAACGCAGGAGACGUGGGAAGCGUCGACGGUCAUUACGAGUUUGAUCCGUCAACGCCAACGCCUACGGCAUCGACCCCUACCGGUAUCAUGAGAGACGACUUCCAUCACUUGAUGACGCUUCCCUCGACUUCUACCGAUCUACUGUGGAACGCCGCUGGGCUAUCGUUGACUGGGCCUGGAGCCGGUACAAUCACCAUCGGCGGUAGAAAGCGAGGUCAGUCUCGAUACGACAACAUCGACGCCCGGGUGGAAGCCAUGAAGGAGGAGUUCUACGAGUGGCGGAAAAGGCAGCAGCAGACCGAUAACGAUAUCAGGAUGAACGAGCUGGAGAGUUCAUGCUAAUCAAAGGUGCAUUCUAGUGGGAAAUUGUGAUCGUGAUUACGUGCUGAACAUAAGAAAAGACUCGACUUAUUCAAUAACUAUAGCAAUAUCUAAUUAUCGGAGAAAUCAGAAAGAAGAAAAGUGGACACAGAAAAUAUCUGGCACAACAACAGAAAUUUAAUCUAAAUGAUCAUUAACUUAUCUUUAAUGAGGAUUUUAAUGACAGAAACAAUGCACCGCUAAACAGAGAUCGAAAUUUGCAAACAUGAGAUAUAUGACGACAAAGUACGGCACACAAUGUUAAAGACUUUUAUAAUAGUUAUGUAAAAAAUUGGAAUGAUUGUAGAAGUGCGAGAAAGAGAAGAGAGAAUAAUCGAAAAUGAAACAAAACUCAAAGAAACAACAACGUGUAGGUGAACAAUAUUAGGGAAAAAAAUCAAACACAAUUCAGGCACAUUGACGACUUUGAUGUGACUUUGUGAACGUGAACGAGGAAAUGGAAGUGACGGUGGCUAGCCAAAAGGUUCGAGCUUUUGUUUUUAUUAAGACUAAUUGAUCCCAUCCUGCUUUACUGGAGAUUUCCAGUUGAUUUCCAGUAUGUGGGUGAAAAAUAUCAAAAGCUGAGCUGUUCCUGACGCCGCAGAUUCUAUGCAUUCGGUUGGUUGUUUUUUAGACUUUUCAUUACAGGCAUUUUUUUGUUAUAAGCAUUUUCCACUACUAUUUGAACUUCUUGUUUCAAGUACCAUAAAAAAACAAGGACUCAAAGUAGAUUUAAAGUAAUAUUUAGUUGCCAUUCAAUUGUUAUUGAAAUAAUUUUAAUUUGAAAUAAUUCUUACAACACUGCAGAAAUCUUUUUUGAAAUCUUGCAAACUGCAUCUUUAUUAUUAUCUUCAUUUACGAGACUUUCAGCCCUAGGCUGGCUCGUCUCAGAAAUACUGCACCAUCAUUUUUAACAUGUGUGUUCGAAUAGUAUCUUGAUUUUACAAGCUAAAACAAUUCUAUCGACUAAUUCAAAUUGCCCGACUCGAACAAUAGAAAAUAGUAGUACCAAACUUCUGCUUACUUUUGGGUCACGUUCCAAAGGUCACAUUCAGAAUCAAACACAAUAAAAGGCAAGCGUAAUGAACAAUUGCAAAUUUUAACACUGCGCAACUCAGUUUGUAUCUAGGAUAAUGAAACACUCUCACUUGCCCUCUAGCAUUACAGUGAAGCGAAAAAAGCACCGUCAAAAUACUCAUAAACACACACAUACGACCUCACUACAACAAAAUCUAUGAUUAUCGAGAAAACAAGGUAACCCUUUCCACUAGAUCUCACAUGCAUUAAAACUAUUUUCACGGCACAUUCCAAAUAAAAAAAAAACUUUUUCAGUCACCACUCGUAAGUACUCAAUCACAGACAAACACACUCGUAACCAUAGUGACGAGACGCCAUGAAACUGAUGAGAAGAACUCAAACGAAAGAGGAAGAACUGUUACGAAUGCAACACAUGUGAACAGAAAUACAAGUAGGCAUAAUAUCAAUAUUUAAUGUUCUUGAAACCAACAAUAUUCAUAACUAUAUACAACAAAUGGAAAGGAAAAUAAAAAACGACAUAAUAAUACUUGAGAGCAUAAGAGUAAGAUAAUUCAUAAUGAAAUUAAAAUCCAAUUUGGCGCAGGACGGCGCCCGUUUGGAACUCUUGCCGGCACGUUUGCCCUCGCCCGGAAACAUUCAUUCUAAACUAGUAAAGGCAAAUACGGAGAAGAGGUGACUCAAUGAGCGGAAAGGGGUAAAUUGGACACUGAACAUGUUAUUGAAUUGUAAGUAAGUAAUUAAUAACUAAUUAAAUAGAACACGAGUGAACGAAGGAAGCCGUGAAAUGAACAAUUUUUGGUGCAACAAAUAGAAUCAUACACACUUAAGCGAGAAUCGUCGUUAUUAGAUGAAAAAAAAAAAAACAGCAAGCGGAAUGCACAGAACUCUAUAGUUUAAUGAUUAUUUUACUUGAGAUCCAAUCUUAUUUUAAGCGAAAUAAGUAUAAGCAAAGAUAAAACAGUAAGUUCUAGUAGAGAAUAGUCGAUUAAGGAAAAAUACUGAGAAAACAAGAAACAAUGAGAUUAGCCACUUAAGUUUGCUUUGAUGCUGCGAAUCGAAUCGAUGAGAAGCAUCACAUCAUUCAUAUUUAGAAAUUAGGUGAGAACAUUCUUCUGGAAUGCAACUUAUGCUUGUUAAUUUUUGUUUAACAGUGAAUCUAAUCUUUCGUUUCAUUCUACUUAGUUUGCUUGUAAGAGGAACCAAUUAUGCACAAGAAAAGUCUGACUAUUGCAUCUUAUAAUUUAUGUGCGGAUGUCCAUUCCAAAGAUUGUUUAUUUAUGGUUUUAGUUUGUAAACACAGCAUCUCUUUCUACCUGACUUUUUGAGUACGUUUCGCGUUUUUGUACGUUUCGUCAACCGUACAUAUAAAUAGAACAAAUUUUUGAAUACAUAAGUAUAUAAAUCCUGUUGAUAGUUCUUAUUAUAAAUCUUAUAAUUCUUAUCAAAGGAAGUGAUCCUUGACGAAAAUAGAGGAAAUGACAAAAGCGUGUCAACAUUCGCAUGUCAAUCAUAUGACGGUAUAUCGAAAUAUUAAAGGCGACUGCCAUCGCCGGAACCGUUAUACAAACAGUAUUUCAAUGAAACAGAUUUCUUAACUUAUAUUUGAUUCCUUUUCGAACUGAUUUCCUUCAAAAGUGUGUGGCAUUUGUUUUGGUCUAUUUUGCUGUGCCAUAGCUGCCUACUAUGGCGAAUCAAUUUGAUUCCAUCUUUUUCUUCGUGUCCAUUGGCAAACAGUAGGCGACGUUUCUAUUCAACCUGCUAUUUAUAUCAAGUAAAUAUAAAAAGCAUCUGUUUUGGCCGUGGUUUGCUCUUUUAAUUCGAUGUCGUUAAAAGUAACAGUAAAAUUGAUCUCUUUAGUCCAAUUCAAAGUUAAUAAACACAAACACACGUAAGUAGAUCCAACUGCUCUUCGAAUAAGUGCAAACUGGUUUCAGUAACAAGGGUUGAAAUGGAAUAGAAACGUAUGAAGCAGCAUUCUAAUUGAUUUUCGAAUGUACGAAAUCUGAGCACGGAGCGAAGUAAACAUAAGAACAACACCGUUUAAUAUAAGAAACGUAGAAAAAAGAAAAUGAUGUUUUACCAUACAAACUAGAGUCUCACUUAACACAAGAAGAAUUAAGAAAAUAUACAAACAUUCAUACCCUCGAAAAUCGAAGCAAAAUAGACACAACAACACUGCGCUGAGGUUAAAAUAGGAAGAAAAAGAAAACAGCAAAAAGAUGGCAGCAACCUAAUCGGAAGCGAUGUAAAUAGUCCCCGUUCUUUUUAUAAUUUCUCGUCAAAAAAGAAACAGAUCUUAAACUAAACAAAACACUGCAACUUACACAAAAUACACUGACAAAACUUACUACAAACCAGCAGGAGAACACAGACACAAACACAAAAAAAGAAGAAAAGAAGCAAAAAAUUAAGUAAAAAAUGAAACAUUCCAUUAGCUUCUAGUUUGUAUCGUAUAAGAAUUAGAAAGAAAAAAAACUUAAUAAAAUUGAACAAAAAAAAAAUCUUGCCGGAAUUAGCGACACUGAAAGAUAAGAAUACAGUAUAAAAUAAGAGGAUGAACGUUUAGCAAGAGAAUGGAGACAAACAUAAAAUGUGGAAUGGUUUGACACGGUAGGUGACCACGAAAACCAGCAACCAUGUCGAUAAAUAGAAAAAAAAAUAUUAAUUUUGUUCGGUUCCUUUUUUCGAGUUUUUCUUCGUUUGACCUUAGUUGUUCAGCCUUUGCAUUGCAGAAUAGCAUAUUUGAAGUUUCUUGAAGGUAAUUACAAAUGCAUUACAAAAAAACACUUGUUCGAAAUGAUGUUCUCUUAUUUAUGAAGGAAGUCGUGUUAGAACCAUAGGAUCAGAAUGAUAUAGCUUGUCGAAAGAUUAAGUAUUUAUUAAAGUGAAGUUUAUUUUAUUUAUUUACGUAAUUCGGAUAGGUUUUUAUCUAUUUGUUUAUUGUUCUAAGUUAGGCUGUACACUAUGAAAAAGAUAUGAUUUUUAUAAAAGCAAAUAAAACCAUAAAAAUUA